AUGAGGGAUGUAAAGCAACCCGUUUCGUCGACGAACCUAGUUGUUUAUCGCAUAUGCCGUGUAGGAUUUGGGAUUAUCUGUAGCCCCGCGAUCCUUGCAGUGGUUAUUCGCCAUCACCUGGCCAAAAAUGAUAAAUUGGAAAUGGCUAACAACCUCUAUGUCGAUAAUUUACUGUUGGAAUGUGAAACCCUAGAAGAGGCAGACGCGAAAUGUACAGAAGCUAAAGAAAUAUUCGCCAGGGCAAAAAUGAACCUAAGAGAAUUUAUUUCUCAUUCACCGCAAGUUAUGAACUCAGUUGCGAGCGAUGACCGUUUAAAGGUAGAGCAGUACGCCAAGGUGUUGGGAAUGAAAUGGCAGCUCGAGUCUGAUGGCAUACACUUCGAAUUUCCAGGACUGAAAGGAAACGUGCCAUCUCGUCGUUCAAUUUUGAGUGUUUUGGCAAGUGUUUAUGAUCCGAUGGGAUUGGUUUCUCCGUGUCUUCUACCUGCGAAAUGCCUCUUUCAAGACUCUUGGAAUAACGCUAAAGACUGGGACGACGUGUUGCCGGUCUCUAUUGCCACCAAAUGGAAAGCUAUUUUAACUGAUUGGGACCAAAAGAGCAUCGAUGUACCAAGAAAGAUUAUUGUAGAGACGGGGGCUCGUUUGGAACUGCAUACUUUCGUGGACGCUUCGAAUUUGUCUUUUGCCGCUGCCGUUUAUCUGAAAAGCCAUAUUGACGAAAAAUCCAUGACCAGCCUAAUCUUUUCAAAAAAUCGCCUGAAACCGCUUAAAGGAGGGAAGACGCUCACUAUUCCUCGCAUGGAACUUUUGGCAAUUCUUAUUGGUGUGAGAGCAAUGGAAUUUGCGAAAAAUGAGUUAAAACGUGAAAUUGCUGGUUUCCACCUCUGGAGUGAUAGCCAAAUAGCGCUCUCUUGGAUUAACACAACUGAAACACAACCAAUAUUUGUGGAGCGACGAUUGGGAGAAAUAAGGCGGCACGAACAUGUGCUUUUCCAUUAUGUGCGGACCGACCAGAACCCAGCGGACAUCGCAACUAGGGGGAUGAGUCCAAUUGUACUGCGUGAUACUAACCUUUGGUGGGAAGGACCCGAGUGGCUUAAACGCUCUUCCAAUAAAUGGCCAGCUGAAAAGGAAUUUCAUGUCAAUAAAAGGGAAAUACAAGAAAUCGAUUUGCAGGAACAAAAGGAAGAGGAAACGCGAGUCUAUCUGAUUUGGAACCUGGAAGCGUUUAACACGAGUAACUGCGUUUGUGAUGCGUUUUAUUAAAAAAGUGAGGCCUAAUUUUUCUGCUAUUUCUGUCGAUGGACCUUUUACCGCCGACGAUUUUAAAACUGUUGAAACCUUAUUAAUAAAGAAUGACCAAAGGGUUUAUCUUGAAGAUUGU